AUGGCUAUCAACUCCUUCGAAGGGACUGGUGAACCUGUCCAGCUCCCUUCUCCCUCUAAUGUCCACAUACAAGAUGAAGCUUCGAACUCGUUGGACGACGCAUCCAUGCCUAUUGCCAUUAUUGGCAUGGGCUUUCGGGGACCCGGAGAUGCCAGCAACGUCGAAAAGCUAUGGAAAAUGAUCGUCGAAGGUCGGGAAGCAUGGAAGCAGAUACCCGAGUCGAGAUGGAACAGUCAUGCGUUUUACCACCCAGACCAUGCGAGGCACGGCACUGUCAAUGUCCAAGGCGGCCACUUUCUGACAGAAGAUGUAUCCCUUUUCGACGCACCCUUUUUCAACAUGACGAGUGACGAGGCAGCGGCGAUGGAUCCCCAGCAGCGGUUAUUGCUCGAAGUGACCUAUGAAGGAAUAGAGAACGCCGGUAUACCUCUUCCCAAAAUCAUGGGAAGCCAGACAUCGUGUUUCGUUGGUUCUUUCAAUGCGGAUUACACAGAUCUCCUUCUUCGUGACCCCGAUGCUAUCCCCAUGUACCAGUGCACCAAUGCCGGCCAGUCGCGUGCCAUGAUGGCCAACCGAGUGUCAUACUUCUUCGACCUAAAGGGCCCCAGCGUCACGGUCGAUACCGCUUGCUCAGGAAGUCUAGUCGCCCUGCAUUUGGCGUGUCAGACGUUGCGCACCGGCGACGCUGCGAUGGCAAUUGCGGCCGGAGUAAACGUGAUUCUCAGCCACGAAUUCAUGUCCACAAUGACCAUGAUGAAAUUCCUGUCACCGGAUGGACGCUGCUACACAUUCGACGAGAAAGCCAACGGAUAUGCUCGUGGCGAAGGGAUUGGGUGUUUGAUCUUGAAGCCGCUCAAAGACGCCAUCAGAGACAAAGAUCCUAUCCGAGCUGUCAUUAGGGGUUCUGGGUCGAAUCAAGACGGCAGAACUCCCGGCAUCACUCUCCCGAGUGGCGCGUCGCAGGAGGCCUUGAUUCGCCAUGUUUACAGCACGGCAGGUCUUCAUCCACAUGAUACAGAAUUCGUCGAAACACACGGCACGGGAACUCAAGCAGGAGAUCCAAUUGAGACAGGAGCGCUCGCGAGAGUGUUUUGCGCAGAUAGAAAUCCAGCCAAGCCACUGCGCAUCGGGUCAAUCAAAACAAACGUGGGGCAUCUGGAGGGAACAAGCGGAGUCGCGGGCGUGAUCAAGGCAGUGUUGAUGCUGGAGAACCGCACUUUCCUUCCCAACCGCAACUUCACUUCCCUCAACCCGCGCAUCCUGCUAGACGAAUGGAAGCUCAAGAUUCAACUCGAUCCGGAACCAUGGGAAAGCAAAGGGUCUCAUCGCGUGUCGGUAAACAGCUUCGGAUACGGGGGAAGCAACGCACAUGUUAUCCUCGAAGACACCUAUGGGUACUUAAAAUCGCAUGGUUUACAAGCACUUGUUGGAAAAGUUCGUACGCCUUUCCCGAGGAAGGCUCUUAAGCCAUCGCAAACUCCCAACGGCCGCCACAACGAACCGCCAACACGGACGCGUCUUUUCAUGCUGUCCAGUUUUGACGAUCAUUCCAUCGCAAAGCAGAUAGAAAAUAUCAGAGACUAUCUCCUCGAAAGACGAUCGAUAGCUGACGAUCUGUUCAUGAGCACUUUGGCGUUUACGUUGAAUCAACGACGUACUACCCUGAUGUGUCGAGCAGCGGUUACCGGAAACUCAGCUGCCAGCUUGAUCAAAGCUUUGGAAGGUAGUAUCAAGGUUAGAAAGGCCAUACGAAAACCAGUGGUUGGCUUUGUUUUCACAGGCCAGGGAGCGCAAUGGUGUGGGAUGGGACGGGAGCUGGUGGGAGCAUAUCCGGUUUUUCGCCAGUCGAUGGAUCGAAUUGAUGCACACUUGGCUCGGCUGGGAGCUCCAUUUUCUGCCCUAGGUGAGAUUCUCGAGAACCAAGACGCAUCACGGCUCAACCAUCCCCUUCACAGCCAAACAAUCUGCACAGCACUUCAAAUCGCACUUGUCGACCUUUUAAGUUCCUGGACCAUACAACCAGAUUCGGUUACUGGUCACUCCAGUGGCGAAAUAGCAGCAGCGUACGCCAUCGGAGCGCUAAGCAUGGAGGACGCUAUAUCCGUUGCAUACUAUAGGGGUGUUGCAGCGAGCAAGCUAUCGCACAACGAAGCAAUGAAAGGAGGGAUGCUCGCUGCCGGGGUGUCGCCGGCCCAGAUAGAACCGUUACUGGACACGUUGAAAUCUGGGAAAGCCGUCGUGGCAUGCAUUAACAGUCCAUCCAGCGUUACUGUCUCUGGAGACGUUGAGGCUAUUGAAGAGCUCGAGAAGGUAUUAAAGGAGAAGGAAUUCUUCUGCCGACGUCUGGCAGUUGAUGUUGCAUAUCAUUCCCACCACAUGGAACUAGUUGGUGGAGAAUAUCUGGACCUGAUAUCGAAUAUUCGACCACGGAUUGGAAGCAAAUCCGGAAAGCAUCCCGUCUCCUUUUUCUCUUCGGUGACAGGAGCUGAGGUAAAAGCGUCUGAUCUUGGUACUCAAUAUUGGACUAGAAAUCUGCUCGGCCAGGUCAAAUUCGUUGAAUCCAUUAGGGCGCUUUGCUUUGAAACCAGCACUCAGAAAUCGAUGUUUGCGGCCCCUAAUAACAGACGUGCCAGGCGACCAAAUGGCACACGCAAGGUCAACGUGGAUGUCUUGCUGGAAGUUGGCCCUCACGCAGCAUUAUCGGGCCCGAUCCGUCAAAUUCUGAAAGAUGACAAUAAACUAGAUGCGGUCGGGAUUCAAUAUGUGAGCGUUUUGACUCGUAAAAUAGAUUCUGUCACGACGGCAUUAGAGGUUGCUGGAACCCUGGCCUGCCUGGGUUCUCACGUCAGCUUUUCGGCGAUUAACGACCCGUUAGACGAGACACCAGAUAACCAUGUCCUGGUUGAUCUUCCUCCCUACGCAUGGAACCACAGCAGAGCAUACUGGGCCGAGCCGCGCAUCAGCACAACAUACAGAAAGCGCAAGCACCCGCGGACAGAUCUCCUGGGUGCUCUCGACCGAAUAUCAUGUCCGUUCGAACCUCGUUGGAGAAACUUUGUGCGUGUCUCGGAGGUCCCAUGGCUGAAAGACCAUAAAAUACAGUCGAACAUAGUUUAUCCUGCAGCCGGGUACGUUGCAAUGGCCAUAGAAGCUGCAUCUCAACACCUGCCGGAGCGGGAGGCCAACAAGGGCAUCUCAGCAUUUAUUCUCCGUGAUGUUGAAAUAAAAGCCGCUUUGGUCAUCCAGGAGCACUCUGCUGCUGAACUCAUGACCUCGCUGCGAGGGUGUCAGGGUGGCACCAAAGACUCCGAGCAUCUUUACGAAUUCAAUAUCUACUCAGUGACCACUGAGAACCGAUGGACCGAGCAUUGCCGUGGCCUAGUAGGCGUCCAUGACAUGUCCCUGGACACCGAGUACCAGACGGGUUCCCAGACGACAGAGAAAACUUCCGAUCUCAGCGUCAUAGACAUCUCGACAUUCUACGAAAAGCUAGCCAGCAUUGGCCUCGAAUAUGGUCCUUGCUUUGCGAAUCUGACGCAGGCUAAUUGCGCUGACAACUUGUGUUUCGCUGAAGUGACUGUCCCUGACACAGCAACUGUCAUGCCGGUAAAUUUCCAGUACCCGUACUUGAUCCACCCCUGCACACUAGACAGCAUAUUUCAUACGAUGUUUGUUCCGACGAAUUUUAGAGACGAUCCCGCUAUCCCGGUUUAUAUAGACCAGCUUUGUGUGUCUCGUUGUACAGAGCAUUCACCAGGCACUAAAAUGCAUAUCGAGACUCAUAUUGACAAGCGGACGAGAAAGGGUAUAGUAGCCUCAAUUACAGUGAUGAACAGCAAUGAUACUGUUGCUAUGUCGAUUAAGGGGUUGCGAUGCAAGAACCUCGAGAACAAUGCCCCGAAGGAUACGGUCAACCCGACUGAUCGCCUUGGGUACAUGCUUACUUGGAAGGCAGAUCCGGAUCUACUUUCGAGGCAAGAAUUCAGCAACAUUUUCACUGAGAACAAUCACGACAACGACGAAUCCGCAAAGAGAACUUCGUUGGAAAGUUGUGCGUCCUACUACAUUCGGAAAGCCAUCCAAGAUCUUGAGUCCGUGGACAAGGAAGAAUUGCAUCCAGACAGAAGGCAACAGCUUGAAUACUUCGUUGAUUUGAUGCAAGAAAGCCUCUUGCUCCCGCCACCAGACAUGAAUAGCGCCGAUAUUCAUGCAGUGAGUGCUUCCGGACCGGAAGGAAGAAUCCUCACUGCAAUGGGCGAGCGACUCAGUACAGUCUUGAAAGAUCCAAAAUUCUCGACCAUUGAUAUGGAUCCUUCAGUAUGGGAACAAUACUGGGACGCCGUCCGCUCCACCCCGGUGUACGAGAAACUAGCUAGCUAUCUCGAGCUAGUCGGCUAUAAGAACCCAAUGAUCUCGAUACUUGAGGUGGAGGGUACAUUUGGUCAAUCUUCACAAGCUUAUCUUGAAAGGCUCUUGAGUAACAGCGGGCAAGGUCCCAUAUGCAGUGAAUACACAAUCACUCAUCAAGCCCCAUCGAUCCCUGAGCAUUUAGCCCCAUUGCUUUCCGAGUGGAACCAAUGGCUAAAAGUGAAGAAAUUGGAUCUCAACCAGAGUCCGGAGACACAAGAUUUUCCCAGACAUCAAUACGACGUCGUCCUUGUGCCUUUGGGACUUUGCACGGUCCCAUCGAAGUUGCAAGCUCUCAGGAAUAUACACAAGCUUCUGAAGCCGCAAGGGCAUUUGAUUAUUGUGGAUCCCAUCGCUGGACAUGACAAUCUACUCGACACUGUUAUCUUUGCAAAUUCUCCGGGAUGCUGGUCCGAAGCUCGAUUUGGCUAUACUCUCAAAGACUGGAAUGUUGCGCUCUCAGCGGCCGGAUUUUCAGAAACAGAAGAUGCAAGCACUUCAAGGGAAGGGCCCUUCAUGAUCAUCACUCGUCCGUCGCAUGAACAUUCAAUUCCCAAACGAAGUAUUCUAAUCAUCUCAGAAGAUGAUGACAAUGGCAUAGACAUGUCCACUCUGCAAGACUGUCUCAGCCCCGUGUCGUCCGACAUCGAAAUUGCAGAUUUCACCCAUGCCAAGCCAGAAGGAAGAGUGUGCGUCAUCAUCAGUGCUCUUAGUCGGCAAUUGAUGGCAGACCCUACUCCACAGGAACUGGAAAUGUUGAAGCGAAUUUUCCUGAAGGCAUUGGGCGUCUUGUGGGUAACUCGAGGGGCAGCGAUAUCCCCAGUGACGCCAGACGGUGCCCUGGCAACUGGGUUCGUACGUACUUCACGCUCUGAAUCCGGAAUUGAAAGAAUAGUUACAUUGGAUCUGGACGGACAGAAUCCACUCUUAAGCAAUCACGCAGCUGAAGUUAUAUGCACAGUAGUGCGCGAGAGAAUUUUGGCCGAGGGAAACGGUAAGAGCGAUACAGAGUACGCUGAGCGAAACGGCGUGCUCCUCAUUCCCCGAGUUGUCGAGAACCAGGCCUUCAACAGUUCCCUCGCGGUGUCGCAUAAAACACGGACAACGAGCCUUGAAAAGUUCCAUCAGAAGGACAGAUUCCUCAAAGCGACGAUUUCCGAUGUCUCCCGGGCAGAUUCAGUGCUCUUUGUGGACGAUUCCAGGAUGAAUGACCUACCCGCGGACCAUAUCCGAGUUCAAACCUAUGCGGUAUGCAUAGAUAAACAAGCCGUAAACGCUCUGGAAGAGCAGGACAUGUCUCAAGAACCAGCGAUGAGCUUCGGAGCCAGCGGGAUUGUUCAAUGCGUCGGAGAAGCUGUCCAUGGUUUCGCCCCGGGUGAUCGAGUGGCUUGCCUUGCGCAAGGAGCAGUGGCCAAUUACCAGCAGGAACAGGCGUUAGCGUUCCAAAAUUUACCGUCAGAUUUAUCUUUUGAAGCAGCAGCGGCCUUGCCUGUGGCCUAUUGCACAGCACUAUAUGCUCUUCAGGACCUUGGGCGGGUCGUCUCCACUGACAGGGUUCUAGUAUAUGGAGCCACAGGGACAGUCGCGCAAGCUCUAGCAAAAUUAUGCCUCCAUACAGGGGCUGACGUGCUCUUUGUUGUCCGAGCUGAGAAAGACAAGCAUUCCCUUGUCAGCACCGUUGCAGUACCUGAUGACCGAGUUAUCGUCGACGAGAAUGGCGCACAGGUCAGAAAGCUUCUGAGAAUGAAGGGGCAUCGGCCUCUUGAUGUGGUAAUCAAUUUCGAAUGUUCGGACAACGAGAUGCUACAGAUGCUAUGUAGGCUGGUCGGUACAGGCGGCAAAUUCAUACAAAAUCGCCGGAGUCAGCUCAAAUGGGCAAUCCCACAGCUGGAUAAUGACAUCUCGUUCGCAACACUGAACAUCAGCAAGCUCUUGAAAGACAAGCCAACGUUGCUGCAUAGAACAUGGGGCGAUGUAAUGCGCAUGUUCCGAGCAGGACACAUCCGUGGCUCUAAUGCCUUGGCAACUUAUAGUAUCUCAGAUAUGUCCGACGCAUUGAACGCAUUGGAGGAAGAUAUAGAUUCCAUAGUAAUCUCGGCUCAACCAGAUGACGUUGUGAAGGUCAUCACUCCGAGGCCACAAGCUGCCCUACUCGAUCCAGAUGCAUCUUAUAUACUCGUUGGCGGUCUAGGAGGUAUCGGACGAGCCACAGCCCUCUGGAUGGCCGAUAACGGGGCUCGAACGUUGAUCUUCGUCAAUAGAAGUGGACUCUCGAGCGAGGCAGCGCAGGAAACAGCACGAGACCUGAAGAAAAAGGGAGUCCGCGUGGUUGUACACGCCUGCGAUAUAUCUGAUAGCCAACAAGUCGAAAAGAUGGUGAGCGACCUUGCGCGGGAUGCACCUCCAAUUCGAGGAGUCAUUCAGGCUGCCAUGGUCCUCCGGGAUAUCCAUAUCGAGAAAAUGACCAUCGAGGAUUACCUGUCCGUGUUGCGCCCGAAAUACGCAGGAACCUGGAAUCUGCACCGCUAUCUCCCAGACAACCUCGACUUCUUCGUCAUGCUCUCUUCCAUUAGCGGAAUCAUCGGAAACGCCACCCAGGCCGCCUACGCCGCCGGCUCAACCUUCCUGGACGCAUUCGCGGCAUACCGUAACUCCCUCGGUCUUCCAGCCGUCUCCCUAGACCUCGGCGUGAUAACCGACGUAGGGUACCUGGCCGGAAACCGCGAUCUAGCGGCCAAGAUGGCCCAACAAGGUUUCCACGGCACAGACACAGCGACGCUGAUGUCUCUGAUUGCUGCCUCAAUCAGAUCGCCGUUCGGUGAAGGCAGGACCUCACAGAUUAUUACGGGAUUGGGCGAGUGGAAAGAAGGGCAGUCGCUCAGCAACUUCGACGCGCCCCUCUUUGCACACUUCCGUCGACAGUUUCAGCGAAAGGGGGGAGAGGACCAGUCUGAUGAGUUUAUUGGCAAGUUACGCGAGACCCUCCGAGAUGUCAGUAACCUCGAAGAGGCUUCCGGGGUUAUCUACAGUGCUUUGAGCGGGAAGAUUGCGGCGCAUCUGUCUGUUCCGAUCGAGAGCAUCGAUGCCUCGCAUCCCAUUACGGAGUAUGGGAUCGACUCGCACAUGGCGGUGGAGUUGCGAAACUGGAUAUCGAAGACGAUGGAGAGCACGGUGCCGAUUUUGGAUAUUUUGGCGAGUAGUACGUUGUUGGAUCUGGCGGGUAAGAUUGCAUCCAAGUCUAAAUUGGUUCAUGUGGAAGAAUAG